AAGGCCGGCGGUUGCCGGGCGGGGCGCAAAAGCUGCCCCGGACGCGCGCCUCCUCGGGAGUCAUGUCGUACCCUGACGCGGGGUCUGGCGGACCGGAGGGGACCCCGCGCGUGGCCGCCGAGCUCUGCGGUCUGUACCAUGAGGCGGAGCAGCGGCUGCAGCGCCUGCAGGACCAGCUGGCGGCUCGCGACGCCCUCAUCGCGCGCCUCCGUGCCCGCCUGGCGGCGCUCGAGGGGGACGCGGCGCCGUCGCUCGUGGACGCGCUCCUGGAGCAGGUGGCGCGCUUCCGGGAGCAGCUGGGGCUGCGGGACCGCGGCGCCGCCGAGACCCCGAUGCGCCAGGAAAUUGAGAGACUUACUAAGCGAAUAGAAGAAAAAGAGAAGGAGGUCCAGCAGCUUUUGAGCCAGCCACAACACGAGCGAGAAAAGGAGCUUGUCUUGCUGAGGAGGAGCGUGGCCGAGGAGGGGCGGGCCCGGGCCGCCAGUGAUGUUCUGUGCCGCUCCUUGGCCAAGGAGACCCACCAGCUGCGGAGGACACUGGCUGCCACUGCACACAUGUGCCAGCAUCUGGCCAAGUGUCUGGAUGAACGACAGCAUACACCAGGGGAUGUUGGGGAGAAAAGUCCUGACAAGCCAGAGCAUACAGGCAGGGACACCUCUGUCCAGAAUGUUAUUGAGGAGUUACGGGAGGAAAAUCGCCUGUUGAAACAGAAGGUGCUUCACGUGGAAGACCUCAAUGCCAAGUGGCAGCGUUACGACGCCAGCAGGGACGAGUAUGUGAGGGGGAUCCACGCGCAGCUGCGGGAGCUGCAGGCCCCCCAAGAGCCUGAGCUGAUGAGGAAGGAGAUCUUCCGGCUCAACAGACAUCUGGAGGAGAAAAUAAACGCCUGUACGGAAGUGAGGCGGGAGCUGGCGGCUGUGCGGACGGCCCGGGAUGCUGCUCUGGAGCGGGUGCAGAUGCUGGAGCAGCAGAUUCUUGCUUACAAGGAUGACUUCCUGUCAGAGAGGGCAGAUCGGGAGCGGGCUCAAAGUAGGAUUCAAGAGCUGGAGGAAAAGGUCAUCUGUCUGCUGCACCAGGACUCCCAAGAGCCAGACCCCGGCCGGAUGCAAACUGGGAACAAAGCUGCCAAGUACUUGGAAGCUGAUGCACUGGAGCGUGUGGUGCCCAGUGGCUGGAGGCCUGGGCCUGGGUCCCAGCAGCUAGAAGCCUCUGCAGAGGGCAGACACCCCAGCGCAGUGCAGAGAGGCCAGGGGGACCUGCAGUGCCCUCACUGCCUGCAGAGCUUCUGUGAUGAGCAGGGUGAGGAACUUCUCAGGCACAUAGCCGAAUGCUUCCAGUAGCUGCAACCCAGGCAGCCACCCCAGAGACAGCCCAGACGCAGUGGGCUGAGCUCUCCUGAGAUCAAAGCCCCUUGAACAGGUGGGUCAGAGAAAGCUGCCAGCAGGGCUAGGGGUGGAGGCAGAGACCCGGUCAGGAGCACCAUGGGGGUGAUGCAACAGACUCAUGUCUUUGUCAUGCUGAAGCCAGAAUGAUCAUCUGCUGUUGGCCCCACCUCAGCCUGCACCUGGGGUGCUGCAGCUUGUGAGAAAGGCGCAGCUGCCACACAUGGAGUCACAUGUGCGGUAUCCAGGGUAGAAACCUCAUCUUCUUCUUUAGCGUAAAGUAUCCCCUCCUUGCCUUGGAUCAGGAGGUUUGUGGAAUAUCCACUGCAGUUGCACACCCACAGGGAGCCCCAGCCAUGGCAGAGCAACGUGUCUGCAUUGAAAUUUGAAUGGGGACACACACAUCUGCCACAGAUUCUGAAUUGAAAUGGAAACUGUUGCUUUCCACUAGCAUUUAUCAUGUAUCCAUAAGUUAAAACACACUAUUUUAUAUUCAUUUAUUUUUAUAAUAAAUGUACUUGUUACUGUGACU